GACCAACCAGAGUCUAGUGUUGAAUAAAACAACUCGGCUACAACUUCGUUAUCGAAUCGUGUCAAGAAAAAUCACGUAUUGAUUCGUAUAUGUAUGUUGGAUUUCACUGUGUUGAAAAUGUGACUGUAAACCCCUUAGUCUGAUAGAAAAAGGCAGGAGUUUCUCCAUUAUAGUCUAUCAAGAAAUCGAGAGCUACAGUACACUGGACGCCAUAUUGGUUUCUGCAACUUCUGUCACCUCCUGCCUCUCCAGUGCGCUCUAUGGCUCUAACCACUGAACAUUGGUUCUAGGGUUACACACAGGGAACUGCAGUAUUGGAACUUGACUGGACUGCGCACGAGCUGCUAUAAAACUCGACAAUUUCGUCUUCAAGCAAGGUGAGAACAUUCUAUGAUGGAUUACACAAAGGUGGAGCAGAGAUCACUGAGAAGGGAAGAGGAGAGGGUUGAGAGCAUAACUGGAUAUGGGUUGACCAGGGAGGAGAGAGACAUCCUUUCCAACAUAAAGGAGGAGAAGGAAGAGGAAAAUGAAGAUUGUUUAAGUAGGAUUGAAAGUGAGGUAAUAAAAAGUGAAGAUGGUGUGAAAGAUGAAGAGGUAAUACAACUCAGUGUGAAAGAAGAAAAAGAAAGUGAUGAAGAGAGUGAGAUUGAUGAAACCACUCAAACAGAAAUAAGGAUGAAGAACAACCUCUUCAGUACCUCUGGGGAAUCCUCCACUGAACCCUUUGUCAGAACCCACUGGAAUCAAAAUGAAGAGUCACAUCCAACUCUCGAAAAUCUGGCCGAUAAAAUCAUUCCUCCUGGCCAUGGUGAUGCUGGGCCUUCUGUAGUAGAUUGUCAUUGCUGCUGCAAGCUCAAUGAAGGAAAGCCUUGCCAUACCAGAUUCCCCAAAGAGGAGCUCCUUGAUGUCCGUCUGCAGUACCUCAACCUGUCUCGUGAAGAGCUUGACAUUGCCAUUCUCUCCAAGCUUUCUUGUGGAAUGCAUCUCUCUGACACAACAUCAAGGUCCAGGAAGAGAGAGCAGACACAGCGUUUAGCCCACCGUACUGAUUAUUACUAUCAUGGGCAUAGGAUCUGCCGUGAUGUUUUCAAAUAUCUCCAUGGGGUUGGGCAGGACAAAUUGAAUGCAUUAAUGAAGCAUUACAAGGCUGCUGGGGUGGAAGCAAGGGUCCACAAGCUGAAUAAGAGGCUUCCUGCAAAUGCAUUAAAAUUGCAGGACACGAGCCAUUGUGGAUUUCAUCCUCAACUAUGCAGAGGCGAAUGCGAUCAUUCUUCCAGGCCGCACACAAAGCAUUGGAAUGUAAAAAAAAAGAUGUAAAACUGCUGCCAACCAACUGCAGCAAGAGGAAGGUCUAUGAGCAGUACUGCACAGCAGUGGAGAAUGCUGGCAUGCGAAUGGUAACCCUGAGAACCUUUCGGCGAAUAUGGCAGCAGUUAGUACCCUUUGUGUCGACCAUGCGCCCUGCCACUGACCUGUGCUAGUACUGUUAGUCAGGUGUUGCUAAACUUAAACAUGCUGCCAAUCAUCCAGAGGCUGAGAAAAGUGCAGCCAUCCGUGAUAUUGAAGAGCACUUGGCUAAAGUCGCAAUGGAGAGAUCCCUCUACCAACAAAUCUGUAAAACAACAAAGGAGGAGAUGCCCUUUGGUGCAGAAAUAGGACCCCAUCCUGCCUGCAGCUUCCCUGGGAAGAUGCAUUACAGUUUUGAUUUUGCGCAGCAGGUCCAUUUCCCAUCAGACCCCUUGCAGCCUGGUCCAGUGUACUUCAAGUGCCCCUGGGAAUGUGGUCUCUUUGGGGUGGCAUGUGAGGCUGUCCCAAAGCAGGUACAUUUUUUACUUGAAGAGAGCUGCCAGUCAGGGAAAGGUGCCAACUGUGUAGUGUCACUCCUUCACUACUUCUUGGAGCACUAUGGCAUGGGUGAAGAAGAUGUCCAUUUACAUGCAGAUAACUGCAGUGGACAAAACAAAAACUCCACAAUGAUGUGGUACUUGAUGUGGAGGGUGCUAACAGGGUGUCACAAGAACAUCACCUUCUCCUUCCUGCUAACUGGACACACAAAAUUUAGUUGUGACUGGUGCUUUGCUCUUGUGAAACGCUUGUUCAGAAGGACAAGGGUAGACUGUCUAAAUGACAUUG